AUGCAUCAUUCUAAUGCGAGCAAGACGGAUCAGAAGGAGACUGUGCUUUCUGAAACCGAGGCUGGAAAUCAUGGAGUCGGCGACUUGGUGGGACUGGGACUGGGACGCGACGCCGACGUCGCUGCUCAGUUUCUCGCCUCCCUGGACCAAUCCAUUGUCAACGAGCCCAUCACUAAAGAAGAAGCUCGACGCGUACUUUGGAAAGUCGACCUGAUCAUUCUGCCUCUGCUUGCCCUUUCAGUAAUUAUAUCGGCGGUAGACAAAGUCAUAAUCUCUAAUGCGGCGAUCUAUGGCAUGCGCGAGGAUACCCAUCUGGUCGGUGACCAAUUCUCCUGGGUAGGAUCCAUCUUCUACUUUGGCUUCUUAAUCGCAGAAUGGCCUGGUAAUGUCUUGAUCCAGAGACUUCCAAUUCGGUCGUUCUAUGCCAUAACGGUCCUUGCUUGGGCGGGUCUUACUUUUGCUACCGGUGGAACAAACAACUUCGCGAGUCUAGCAUCCGUUCGCUUUCUGAUGGGCAUCUUCGAGGCUGUGGUCUUCCCCGUCUGUACCUUAGUUUCGGCCAUGUGGUGGACCAUCGACGAACAACCAAUUAGGAUCGCCAUCUGGUACAAUACCUUGUCCUCUGUCAUCACAGGACUAUUCUCGUAUGGCGUCGGCCAUAGCAAUUCCAGUGUUGCCCCAUGGCGACUGCUAUUCUAUAUUCUCGGAGGUAUCACUACCGUCUGGGCAGUGAUCCUCUACGCGUUCCUACCAAGCUCGCCAGUCGAGGCCUGGUGGUUGACGGAUCGACAGAAGUACGUCUGUCUAGAACGGGUCCGCAAAAGCAAUACCGGCAUAGAGGAUAAGAAGAUCAAAUGGUAUCAGGUUAAGGAGUGCUUGAUGGAACCAAGAGCUUGGCUGAUCUCCAUAUUUGCUUGUGCUAUCAAUAUCCCAAAUGGUAGAAAAUGA